AUGGAGAGCAACUCAUUUCAAAAUAUCUUUCUCAUAUUGUUAUUUCAACUUUUGUAUUUCACUUGCAUAGAUUAUCACUUUGUUUCCUCUGCUGGCACCUCUAAUGUAAGCACUUGCAUUGAAACAGAGAAGAAUGCACUACUAAAAGUUAAAGAACAUCUCACAGAUCCUUCAAGCAGGCUAUCUUCUUGGGUUGAUCAAGAAGAUUGUUGUCAAUGGCUUGGUGUAAGCUGUGACAAUAAGACCAGAAACGUCGUAAAGAUUGAUCUCAGGAACAAAUUUUCAAGUAACCAUGAAUUGGGAGGUGAGAUUAAUCCAUCUUUACUUGAGUUACAACACUUGAGAUACUUAGACUUGAGCAUGAACAAUUUUGGAGGAAUCCAAGUGCCUGAAUUCAUUGGUCAAAUCAAAGAAUUGAGGUAUCUCAAUCUUUCUGGAGCUUCUUUUUCUGGUUCAAUAUCUCCGUUUUUAGGAAACCUCUCAAACUUGCGAGUUCUUGAUUUGAGUUCCUACUCAGACCAGCCAGCUGAGAAAGACCUUGAAUGGAUAAAAGGACUUUCUUCUUUGGAACAUUUAAAUUUGGGAGGUUCAGAUCUUAGCAAAGCUACUAAUUCUUGGCUUCUAACAAUCAAUAAUCAUCUUCCUUCUCUCUUGGAGUUGCACUUGCCUCAAUGUCAACUUUUAAACCUUCCAUCUUCUCUUCCAUCCCUAAAUCUUACUUCCCUUUUUGUACUUGAUCUUUCCAACAAUGCAUUCAACUCAAGUAUUUUCCCUCGAUGGAUAUUCAAACUUAGUAACCUUGUCCAUCUUGACCUAAGCUCCAACAAUAUUCUUAGUGAACUGCCUGAUGAGUUUGCAAACCUCACUUCCCUUAAAUAUCUUGAUCUAUCUUCCAACUAUGGUACCAAUGGGACACUCCAAAGAAGCUUAGGGAAGCUAUGCAAUUUGAAGACUUUGAUCCUCUCCGACAACAACAUCACUGGAGACAUUACUGAUUUCAUCGAUGCCUUAUCAGAAUGCCAAAUCAAUAACUUGGAGACAUUGGACUUGAGUCACAAUGCAUUGACUGGGAAUCUUCCUGCUACAUUAGGCCACUUGAGGAAGCUAAAAGAUGUUCAACUGAGGUACAACUCGCUGACAGGCACAAUACCUGAAACUAUAGGGCACUUAUCAUCCUUGGAGACGCUCUAUCUCACAUCAAACAAAAUGAGUGGGAACCUCACCCCAAAUAUCGGGCAGCUCACGUCGCUGGUCUCAUUGGAUAUCUCUGAGAAUAUGUGGGAAGGUAUUGUCACAGAAGCCCAUUUACUAAAUCUUUCUAACUUGCAAGAAUUUUCAAUUGGCGUGAAAUUUGGUAGGAAUAUUACCUUGGCAUUUAGCAUCAACCCAAGUUGGACUCCUCCAUUCAAGCUGACAUUCUUGAGUAUCCAGUCAUGCCAAUUAGGCCCCAAAUUCCCACAUUGGUUGAAGGAUCAGAAUGAGCUCACCAGCAUAACAAUCAAUACCGCAGGGAUUUCCGAUGCUAUACCAGAUUGGUUUCUAGAGUUGGAUUUGAAGCUGGUUAAUCUAGACAUGGCUUUCAACAACUUGACAGGGAAAAUUCCGAACAAAUUUCAGUUCAACAUUGAUGCCUAUGUGGAUUUAAGCACCAAUAGAUUCGAGGGACCUCUCCCACUAUGGUCUUUUAAUGUUACAAUAUUGAAUCUGAGGGAUAACUUGUUUUCAGGACCUAUUCCUCUCAACAUCUGCCGAGCACUUCCCGAUUUAACAGAAUUGGACAUCUCCAUGAACAGCAUAAAUGGCACCAUUCCCUUGUGCAUCGGUGAUAUCAAUCAGUUGAUUACUUUACGCCUCGAUAAUAACCAACUUAUCGGGCAGUUUCCUGAUUUCUGGGGAAAGCUACCAUAUCUUUAUUGGAUAGAUAUGUCAGGGAACUAUCUAUCUGGCCAAAUUCCAUGUUCACUAGGUUCUCUAUCUUAUCUGAAGUUUUUAAGACUCUCAGGCAACAAUCUCUCUGGAGAAUUGCCUUUGAGUUUGAGAAAUUGCACGAGAAUGAUUAGCAUUGAUCUUAGUAACAAUCAGUUCUCAGGCCUAAUCCCAGCUUGGCUAGGAGAAACAAUGAGAUCACUAUCAAUCCUCAGUGUAAGGAAUAAUAGGUUUUCUGGCCCCAUUCCUUUAAAAAUAUGUACUCUUUCAAAUCUUCACGUACUGGACCUUUCAGGAAACAACUUAUAUGGUUGUAUCCCGUCGUGUUUUGGCAACUUGGAAGCCUUCAAGGUUGAGCUAACUGAUGCAGAAGCUGCACAAUAUCAAGGGAAACUGAACCUAGAGGCGAAAGGAAGAAUACUUUCUUAUGAGACUAUCCUUUACCUAGUCAAUAGUAUCGAUCUCUCGAGCAACAAUUUGUCAGGAGAAAUCCCAAUAGAGAUAACAAGCUUACACAAACUUGGAACCUUGAACUUGUCCAGGAACCAUUUGACAGGAAAUAUACCGACAGAUAUUGGAAAGUUAGGAUGGGUUGAAACCUUGGAUCUUUCAAUAAAUCAGUUGUCAGGUCCUAUCCCACCAAGCAUAGCUACUUUAGACUUUCUGACUCACUUUAACUUAUCUUACAAUAAGUUGACAGGAAAAAUUCCCACCAGUACUCAGUUCCAAACCAAAGUUGAUCCAAUAAUUUUCCAAGGAAAUGCUGCACUUUGUGGUCCUCCUCUGAUAGAAUGUGUUGGUGACAGGACUAAAACAUCUGAUAGUGGAAGGGAUGAUGAAGGAGAAACUGAUGAUGAAGAUAAACUUGAGAAAGUGUGGUUCUUUGCUGUUGUUGGUUUGGGAUACUUGGUUGGCUUUUGGGUAUUUUUUGGCACUUUGGUCAUCAAGAAAAGAUGGAGAAUUGCUUAUUUCAGAUUUAUAGAGACAUGCAUUUUGGAGUUGGACGAAUGGUCAUGGAGUUUUCUGCAUAAAAUGUUAGGAUAUUUAACGUGUAGAAGAAACACUUAGGAAAAUGUUGAAAAGUGUUUGUCAACUUUAGCAAGGUAUUCAAUAAGUGGAGCUAUAGGAGUUUGUCUCUGCCAUUCUGUUAUAAUUUAUGUUUUAGUUUCAGUAUAGCACAUAUUACUAUUCU